GCUCAGCGGCGGGAGUAGCAUUGAUGUCGACUUAGUGAGGACCAGGGUAUUGAGGACAAUGCCAUGGGAGGCGACAACGGAGACGACUUUGAUGCGCGCCUCGCAAAGCUGAGGAGGGACAUCCAGGACUUUGUGGAGGACAACAAGCUGGAUGAACGGGUGGCCAGGAUCAUGCAGAAUAUGCAUCCCAUCGACGUGCAGAAGGUCAUGAAGAUCAGCUUUCCAGACGACUGCAGAUCCCCCAGCGGUUUUGUGGUGGCCCAGAUCAGGAAGGCCGAAAGCGAAGCCGGCCGGCCCAAGGAUUAUCGUUGGGACGGGCGCACCUUUGGCGAGCAGUCAAGAGACAGGGGCCGCCGCGAUGGUGGCCGCACCACCCGGGAGGAGCGACGGCACAAGGAGUCCCGCUCACGCUCGCGCCGGCGCCACCGACGGCACAGGCGCCGGGACGACUCCUAUAGCUAUGACGACUCCAGGUCUCCACCUCCCAAAAGCCGACGUCGUAGGAGACGAUGAGGUGCCGAGAUUUUGCGGUCGAUAACACCAAGCAGGGCAUGAGCCUCUGGCUGGGCGUCUGUUAUAAUCAACCUCCUAAGGUUCGAUUUCGUAGUUGACUAUGUGGGUG